AUGCGCACUUCUUAUGUUGCUUCUAAAGUGGGAGGAUCAGUGAAGAAUGGAAGUGAGAAGAAUGUUUGGCCUCAAAACCCUAAUAGGAAAAAAGAUGCUCUGAAAACGGCCAAGGCUGCCGCGAAGAAGAAGUGUGAGAUUUGUUUGAAAGUUAACGACUCGCAUUCUGUCACGCUUUGUCCUCCACAAAGCUUGGUAGAUGUUAGACGGACAAAGUCUGAAGUUUAUGAAGGUUUUUCUUAUGUCUUUUGUGCUGAAUCAUCUCAGCGUGAAGUCUAUGAGAGAAUGGUUAAUCCUCUAGUAUAUGAUUUCUUAAAAGGCAAGAGCGGAAUGCUUGCUGCUAUGGGUCCAAGUGGAUCUGGCAAGACUCAUACCGUCUUCGGAAGUGCUAGAGAACCUGGUAUGCUUUCUCUGGCUCUUCGUCAAAUAUUUUCAGUAAAGGAGAGCAAUGGAGCUAAAUAUUCAUGGACAUUCUAUCUGUCUAUGUUUGAAAUAUAUUCAGAGCGAGGAAAAGGAGAAAAGAUUAUGGAUUUAUCACAAGAUGGAGGUGAUUUAUACAUGCAGCAAUCAAAUAUCAAAGGUCUCCAAGAGGCAGUCAUCCAUGAUGCUCAGCAGGCUGAAUCUUUCAUUGCAAGUGGAAUACAAAAGCGUUCUACGGCUAUGACAAAUUCCAAUAUUCAGUCGAGGUGCGUGCUAGAAGUUAACCUGUUUUGCUAUUGUAGCCGACUAGCUGCAACUCGUUUUUAG